AUGAUGAGGUCGCUGGAUGAAAUUUGUGCGCGAUUGCAUCAAAAGAACAGUCAGUUGCUUCAGCAGCAACAACAAAACACCACCCUUAUCGCUACUGUUAAUAAUCCGCAAAUUCAACUGACUGUCGAUACUGGAAAUCAAUCAACAUUCAUUAAUGAUGCUGAACUAUCGGUGAUUAACUACGAGAAAUUAUCCGAUUGCUCAUUAGCUGAUACGAACAAUAUCAGCAAAGUCAAUGAUGCGGGUGACGAUCGCAAGAAAGUUGAUAUAAAAUUGAACAGUAAUAAUACUGAUAGUAAUGUUAACUUGAAUGGUAACGCCAACCAGCAGACGAAUAAAGAUGACGGCUCCAAUUCAGUGAUCUAUUUUAAAGAAUACGAUCCACACAAGAAUCGUUUCAAAAGUGCUGUUAGGUACUCACCCAUUAUCAAUGCUGAUAUCUUGCAAUCACCGUUACGUUUGAUCACUCCUAUUGAUCCGAUAAACAGCGAUAAUGAUUAUGAUCAACCAAUAUUUUCAUCAAAUUUCGGCAGCACUAGCGAUGGCUAUAAGAAAUCAAAAUCUCGAUUGACACCUGUCGUGAACUCAUCCAAGGCGAUGAAGGGUACCACAGUUGAAAACAUUGGUACGAAUGUUAAUCUUUCGUCAUCUUUGUUGAUGGCUAUGUCGCCAACGUACUCGAAAUCGAGCAAGAAGUAA